AUGCCAUGCCCGAGCCCAUCCCCCGGUGCCCCCCUAGACCGCAGCCACUUCUACAUUCCCUACUGGAACCAGUCCCUGGUGGGCAUGAAGCAAUGCUGCAGCCCCAACGAGGUCCACAUCGCCGGCAAGGGCGACUACGAGGGGUGUGUCUUGUGGUGCUUGAUCCCCGAUCACAUCCUCGGAAAGGAUGGGAACUCUGGUGCUGUGAAUAAACGUGAGAACCACAACAAGGAGGAGCAGGAGGACGACGACGACGACGACGACGACGACAUGUAUGAGAAUGCUGUCAGGAGUGCCAUGGGGUACUGUGUUUGGGAGAAGGGGGAGUUUGCCAAUAAGAAUCCGGGGGUGUAUAUUGCGGGCGCGCAUGUGGUGAGGGAUAACGCGGCGGCGAGUUCAAAGGCGGCGGGAUCAAAGGGACCAACUUUGUUGGCGGUGGGGGUUUGGGCUUUAUUGGUUUUUGGACUGCUCGCUUGA